GUCGUCUAUUUUCAAUACCAAUGGAUAUAAAAACAAAAACAAAAGAUUGUGAAGGAGAGUGAAAUGUCGAUUUUGGAUUAGUGGUAAAAUUUAAAGAAAAACAUGACCACACUAAAUGUUGUGAGAUGUGGUGCUUUAUCAUCUUUAGCGACCGCAUUUCAUCACAGCUGGUUUCGAUUCGAAUUGAAAUCUCCAACAAUAAAGCCAAUAACUUGUGGUCUCGUCCACUGUAAAUCUACAAAUAUUGAUGUUUUGGACAUAUUUACCACACAACAUAUUCUAUCAAAAAAAAAUCCUACGGCCAGCAAAUCACCAUCGAUUGUUUCAUCAGCUACAGAAAAUAACCGUUUGCAGCACCUGAAAAAAAUGGCAUUGGAAACACAAAUGACUACGAAAUCCGAAAAGACUUCGCUGAAUAUUGAGGCUUGGACUCAAGAUGAAAUCGACAAUUGUUUGAUAGUCAGCAUCAAUUGCAGUGAUCGGAAAACUUUCGACGAGAUAGUUCAACAAAUUUUAGCAACAAAACAACUGCCAUCGGAAUCAAUGAUUUUACGGGUACUUUGCCAUUUGUGUGACGACAGUAAAAAUUCAAUGGAAACAAUUACGAACUUGAUUGACGUGUGUCAGGAGAAGAAUUUGGCUUUUUAUGCCAAAAAUAUGGAGUUUGCUCCAUUCUUAUCACAAUAUCUAUGGAAAUUGGAACGAUUUGAUGAUGCAUUAUAUACAUUGAAUACGAUUUUCAGUACGACAAAUCAAAAUGCCAAAAGCCUUAUUCUACGAAACUAUCGACAAAUCAUCUAUGAUGCGGUCAAAAAUCACGACGAACCUAUACUUGACAAAGUCAUCACCAACACUAUAAAAGUUUAUGAGAAAUAUAAAGAUCCGAUUCUUAUCACUUAUGUGUGGAGUGACUGUUUUUUCAGUGAAUUAUUCCGAUGUCAUCAAAGAGCCGAGGAAAUUUUCUCAGCGCAUGAAGUGAUUCGGAUGACUGUUUCGAAGGACAUUGGUUGGAUUGCGUUGACUUUAUUGCAGCAACACAAUAUCGAUGCCAUACACAGACUAAUUGAACAGUGUCUCGCUGCAAAGAUGAUAAGGGAAGUUGGCGUUUGUUUGACCGCUCUUUUUGAUUAUCAUUAUUGGCGUGACGAUUUGAGAGCAUGCUCCGAAGUAAUGAUCACGAGUUUGAGACUGGGCACACCUGUAUCCAAUACACAGAAUCAAAAAUUAUUAAAUCUUCUUCUUAAAAAGAAACCAAAGCCUUCAAAUAAAACUCCGGUGAGCAAAGUAACCGGAUCACGAUUCGAAUUUAAAUUUUAGCGCUGCAAUGCAAUACAGAAAUCUAGUUGUUAAGUUUUAUAGAUCUAGCAAUAAAUUGAAAGAGGAGAAAAAAAUUGAUUUGUCAAAAAUAAAAUGAUUGCAACAAUUGAAUAGAAGUAAUAAAUGAUGUUUAAGUGUGAA